GCUGUACUGCCGUCUCGGUUUCCUGCAUUCUCAGCCUGUUCUAGCACAGAGAUGAUCACCUAGAGAUUGUGCCAGUAUGGCAAGAAGCUCCGACCUCUUUAUCCUCACACUCCCUCUCUACUGGCAAGUUUUUGGAGGUGCCGGACUGAGAGUCACUCAGACUCCUGGGACUUUAUCGGUUACAGAGGGAGGGAAUGCCAACAUCACUUGCUCCUGGGAUACUGAGUAUGAAGACGAGAGGAUCAGAGUCUGGUGGAAAUUAUAUUAUGAAUCACCGAGGGCAGCUCCUAAUGGGACAGUUUUAGCCAAUGUUAUGUGGGCAAACAAUAAAUCAGAAGUCAGAGUAACGUCACGGGAUCAGAGUGACUAUCGAUUAAUGAAGGAUAAAGCCGAGCUCUGGCUUUUCUCUGUCAAUAAGAGCGAUGCUGGAACUUACAUUUGUGAGGUCACCAUAGAUAAACCAGAACUUCGAUUUGGCAAAGGAACUGGCACAAUAUUAUAUGUAACCGACUCCCCAUCUUCUACUGAAUCUACCACAGAUUUUCCCAAAGUGGCUUAUCUGGCUGUGUUUGUGAUCAUUGCUGCUGUGAUAUCAUUGGGAUAUUUUCUGUACAAAAGAAAAAAGAAAGCAAAUAUACUUCCGUUACAUCAGAGAGCGCCAGAAGCUGUGGAACUGAAUGAAAUGCAGGAAAAUAUGAAUGACAGGGAGGAAAGUUCUUCCUCAGAUUCUGUGCAAUGGGCUAUUUCAACACUUUAUGAAUCGUGCAACUAUUUUGCUAUGGGGACGCCUCAGAAUCCAGAAGAUUAUGUUUACAGCCUGGCUAAAUAAUAAAUGGGCAAGAGAAUUUCUCCCUGUAGAUCCUGGAGAUGUAACUUCCAAUGCAGAGAUAAAUAUUCCUGAGCAUUGAUAUGGUAGCCAGAGUAGUGCCAAUGGAGGAGUCAUGUCCAGGAAGCAAAAUGGUAGCCCAUAUCAAAGCGUUCAGAAGCUUUCAUAAGAAUGUGAGAAUGUGAAAAUUCCUCAAAUCCCCAUCAGGAAUGUGAAUAUUACUCCUAGAGGACCUCUGCAGGAGAUGAUCCACCCACUCUCAUUUAUCUAGAAAUGAAUUUAUUCCACCAUCUGGGCAAUUUCUCAUGAUUCAGUAUUUUUCAUACUGAUACAAAUGGACAGAAUCUUUUCUGGAGCUCCUAACCGAUGGAAUGAGAUAUCCGAAGACAGGCAAACAAGGGUACUCCAAACAUAAACACGAGGAAAAUAAGGAAAAUUACAUAAUUAUGUGAAAGGACAUAAUUUGCUGUGGGAUUGUGUAUUUUUGCUUUUACGGAGAGGUUUCACAGUGCUAUUGGCUUUAUCCUGCUUAUUUAUAGCAACCUUGCCUAAAUAUCAUAGAGACCAAAUAUACAUAAACAUAUGUGUAUAUAUACAUAUAUAUAUAUAUACAAUCAGUCUUCUUUCCAUUGGCAGAUGAUUCCCUGCUGUUGCACAAAAUUUUAUGAAACGUGCACAUUUUUUUAUGCAGAAAAAUUGUUUCUACUGAGGAUAUAUUUUCCAUUAGCAAUUUAUUCAUGUGUUUAAAAUGAUUAGUAGCUAUAAAUAUCCAAACACCAUUAGAUAAACAUUUGUUUCCAGUUGCCCUGUACAACGUUUGGGGCCUUAGCACCAUGGAAAACCAUGAAGAACAAAAGAACUGACUUUGGUCAUUAGGGAACAAGUAAUGGCUGCUUGGGUUCUCCUUGUACAAGUGUGGGACCUGUUAUCCAGAAUGGUCGGGACUUGAGGUUUUUCAGAUAAGGGGUCCUAAUUUGGAGCUCCAUACCUCAAGUCUACUAAAAAAUUAUUUAAUUGAAAUAAUGUAAAUAUAAAUUAAAACCAGAAGGGUUGUUCAUCAGCCUCCAAUAAGGAUGAAUUAUAUCUUAGUGCAGUUUUAUUAUUACACAGAAAAAGGAAAUCAUUUUCAAAAAUGUGAAUUAUUUGCUUAUUUUGGACUUGCUGUAAUUCGGAGCUUUCUGGAUAAGGGAUUUCUGAAUAAUGGAUCUGGUACAUAGGGCAGCUAUCGGAUGGGGGGGAAGGGGGUACAAUUGUGUCAGGCCCGUAAAAUCUUUUUCUGUAAGGGGGUCCGGUAAGUUACACCGAAACUUCUGCAAUUUAUGUGAUUUCUGCAAAAAAUUAUUGAAACUUAAGUAACUUGCGUAUCAAGCAAAAGACAAUGCAGAGAAGCUUUGCCGGGACAAACUCCACUCACCCUCAAUGAAAACCUACGGUAAAUUCCACUGCACCCAAUAAACUGACUGAUUAUUAGCACAUUAA